AUGGCGACCGUUGUCGUCAUCACUCUUGCGCUUGUGCUGGCUCUGGGCUCUCUGGCGCAUGGGGCCGACGUGGCAGAGUUGGCGGCGGCAGCAAGUACGCAUGGCACGGUGGAGACAGCGACGGCUUUGACGGGGCUCUCGGACAAGUUUCUCUCUGUCUCGUUUGAUGUGGCCGAGGUGGCCGAGGUGUUCUUCUGGAACACGACCCACACUCCGAUUCCGUAUCAGAGUCCACGGCUGGUGGCCCUGGCUAAGGCUCUGACCCCGGCGACGCUGCGGGUUGGCGGGACGGCUGCUGAUUGGAUGUGGUAUGACGUGGAUGGGACUGUCCGUCCAGCACACGGCUACAAGUACACGCUCAACGCGAGCCAGUGGGACGCGCUCAACGCAUUUGCCCAUGUUGUUGGCUUUGAGCUCGUCUUUGGCAUCAACGCCGGCCCCGGCCCACGCGCCGCAGACGGAUCGUGGGUGCCGCACAACGCCCGGGCGCUGAUGGAGUACUCUGCGGCGCGCGGGUACAGCGUUUCUGGGUGGGAGUUUGCCAACGAGCCAAACCUGUUUGUGGUCAACGACAUGGGUCUUGUGCCGCCGACACGGUUUGCAGCCGAUAUGGCGUUGUUCGAGCCGCUUGUCCGCGAGGUGUACCCGGCGUCCAAAGUCAUCGCGCCCGACGUGGCGUACCAGCUUCCGAUCAUCGGGGAGGCGUAUCCCGAGUUUAUGCGUGACUUUGUCCGCGACACUGUGUUAGAGUACAAUGUGACUCUCGACGUUGUCACCUGGCACUGGUACCCGCUUGUCUCGUUCCGACUCCCGUUCCCGUCCAAGCUCGACCCAUGGCUGGCGACGGUAGCGCGUAUCAUGGCGCCGCAUACGCUCGACGCCAUGGACAAGCACAUGACCUCAGUCAGCAGCAUCAUUGCCUCGUACUCUCCAGACGCGGAGAUGUGGCUUGGCGAGACGGCGUCGGCGUCGUACGGCGGGCAGCCGAACGUGUCCAACGCAUUUGCCUCGGGCUUCUGGUACCUUGACGAGCUCGGCCAGAUCGCUGCUGCUGGCGGCAAGCGUGUUGUCCGCCAGACACUCACUGGUUCCGACUAUGGCCUGCUUGACUGGGUCACGCUUGCGCCGCGCCCAGACUACUGGACCGCGCUCCUGUUCAAGCGCCUGGUCGGCGAUGCCGUGCUUAGUGUCCAGCUCACCGACGGCCCGCGCGACGCCAGCGGAGACCUGCUCGUUCGCGCCUACGCGUACUGCGGGACUGAGCGUGACACUGUCGUUGUCACUGCCAUCAACCUGCAGCCGGCCACGCCGCUGGAGCUCACCCUCGACUUUGGCGCCACGCCGGCGGCCCGUGCUGACUACGUCCUCACUGCGCCGGGCGGCGACCUCGGCUCGACGUCGAUGCUGCUCAACGGCAAGUUGCUGGAGCUGAACCAAGCCGGGAGCCUGCCGGACCUGCCGCCACUGGCAGCAGUGGCGACGACGCCGCUUUCGCUGCCUCCGGCGUCGUACGGCUUCUUUGUCGUCACCAUCGACGUAGCAGCCUGUGGUACCCUCUAG